AUGCCUUCUCGCUGCGUUGUAUACGGCUGUUCCAACCUCCCAGACCCCGAGAAAGGUAUUAGUCUUCAUAAAAUACCUUUCUAUAACGAUUCAAGGCCGGAGGCUAUAAAAAGACGAAAGGUCUGGGUAGAUUUCGUGAAGAGCAAACAUGCGAAGUGGGAGCCAGGCAGUGGAAGGCAUAUAUGCUCUAAGCAUUUUAAAGCGGACACAUUUGACAAAAUGUUGAAUUUGCCCGGACAAGAGAAUAUGUAUAGACAAAAGCUAAAGAAGGAUGACCUAGGAAUUGCAUCGUUUCCAUCUAUAUUUCGUAUGGAUGUGACGGAAAAACAGGUUUCAGGCAGAGCAAUCAAACGCAUGGUGAGUAAAUAUUUACAAAACCCAUUUAUAACCAAUAUUUAUAAAACCCAUUCUUCGCAAUCAAGUCAUAGACUUAAAACAAAGACUAGCUAAAGAGAAGUCCAUUGUGAAGGAUUUACAAUCUAGUAAGUAGUUUAGUGUUAUUUUGUGUUUUGUGUAUACCGUGAAAAUUUAUACCAUAUUUUAUAUGACCGACCUCAGUUGUAAAAUUAUUUCAGAGCUGUUGACAAGAAAAGUGUCGACAGUCAUACAUGAGCAAGUAUUUGCACUACGAAUAUACAUUUAAUUGGAAGUAUAUUAUCGCACUAUCGCUGUAAUAGCUAAUUGUUGAACUAUUACAAACAAGGACAGAGAUUAUUGAGCUUAUUAUCAAAUUGAAAACAUAAGCCCAAGUUGCCCAAUAUAAGCAUAUUUUUAUGGGUAUCAUACACCCUUUUCAUAAAUGGCUGCCAAUUAAAAAUUCUUUUAUGUGCAUAUAAAUUGGCCCAACUAACCUCGUUUCUGGGUAGAAAUUCCUUUGAAAUCUUAACAUGAGUAUGAGGCUAGUUGGGCCAAUUUAUAUGCACAUAAAAGAAUUUUUAAUCGGCAGCCAUUUAUGAAAAGGGUGUAUAUGAUUUCAUGAUUUUAUAUAUAAUUUUAUCUUGUAUUUUUCAAUCAGACCUUCAAAUUCCUGUGGAAACUGUGCAGUCUAGUGACACAGAAGCACCCCUAUCAUCAGAAGAUAUUAGUAGUGUGGCUAGUGAAGAAGGUGGUGUGUCAACUGAUCCAAACACUGCAUCCGAUGAUGCAGUUCAAUGGGAUGAUUUGACAGAGACAGAGGACUCAGAUGAAAGUGAUAAUGAUGAACAAAGGAGGUAAAAUUAGUCAAUAUUUAAGAUGCCAACCACAUGUGUAUACUGUAAAUGUUUAGUAUGAUUAAUGAUUGGUUAAUCAACACAAGUGUAUUUCUAAAUUCCAGAGAAUAUACAAAGGAUAACAACCUGAGGACAGAACCAAAGUACAUCGUGUUUCUGUCACAGCUGAUGCUCCGUUUUCAGUUUUGUCCAUCCUGCAAAAGUGCCAAUCCUCUAGUUGAGACCAGCCAACAUGGGACAAAGGUUAUUGUGUAUACUCACUGUGGUAAUCCCAACUGUAAGCAAAGCAAUUCUGUGUGGCGCAGUCAACCUAACAUGGAGGGUACCAAAAUUGCAGCAGGGAACUUUCUGUUAAGUUUUGCGACUUUAUUGGCUGGUGCAUCAAUCAGUAAAGUUCAAUGUGUCCUUAGGCAUAUGGGAGUGGCAUGCAUUUCACUAAGCACUUUCUUCAGGCAUCAGAAGGUGAGUUGGUCCUACAAACAGGACUACACCUUUUAACCCAUUGAGUCGAAUUGCACCCUCGUACAGAAAGAUCUGUUAUUCUGAACAGUGGUCUUAGUACUGCAACAAGUGAACCUGAAUGAGAAUGAGUUUUUUCUGUGAGUGACAACUAAUGAUUACGUGACAACUAAUGACCAAUGUUGCUUUUAGUGUGCCAUAUUGGCUAAUUAUUACGUUAUGUCAGGGCUUAUCCCACAUUUUGGAUAAUUCUAGUAUUGUGAGCAGAUUAAAUAGCAGAAACACAGCAAUUUGAUAAUAUAAUUACUGUAAAAUAUAAUUUGAAGACACAAUAACAUUCAACAUCCCAUUGGAUACUGAACUUGUGAUUUCCAGUAGACCGAGAUUAGUGGAUAUUGGGAUACUGCAAAUUUGAAGCCCUGUAUAUGUUCUCAUCAUUUGUCAAACAGAUCAGUUCCCUUGAAUGGUGAUUCAUACAACAUAUUGUUUUUUCAUAAACUGUUUUAGAAUAAGCUGUUUCCAGCCAUUUGACUGCACUGGAAAAACUACCAAAGCCAGCUAGUUGACAAACUUAAACAAAACAAAGAACCACUGGUUAUGGCAGGAGAUGGAAGGCACGAUAGCAUGGGGCAUAGUGCAAAGUAUUGUGCUUACACAAUAUUCUGCUGCACAUCUCCAUGUAUAUUACACUUCAAUUUAGUGCAGGUUUGAAAAUAAAUAUUUCUUGUUUUCAUUCGGGGUUUUUCAUAACAUAAUUUCAAUGUUUUGUGUUCACAUUAGAGGAACGAAGCAGGAAGUAGUCAGGCAAUGGAGUAUAUGGCAUUUCAGCAUUGUAUGGAAUAUAUUAAUAAUUGUGGAAUAACAUAUGACACACUUGUCACUGACCGCCAUACUUCCACAGCGAAACAUAUGAGGGAAAAGCUUAAAGAAGUGAAGCACUAGUUUGACCUUUGGCACUUGAGAAAAAGUAUGUUGCAAAAUAUGUUAUCUUUCUAUUUCCCCCAUGUACAGUAAUCCAGAAUGUGACUUUUAAUAGCUUUGCAAUCCAGAAUCCAAACAUCGAAGGAAUCCGGAAUCAUUAUCCUCGGCCAAUUUCCUGGAAUUCAGAAUGCACAACCAUUCUGGAAUCCGAAAUUCAAGUACUGGAAUCUAGAAUCCAAAGAGUGGAAUCCAGAAUUCAAUGAGUGCAUGGAUUACCUUACAUGCGCCGAUUCUACUGUACCUUCUCAGUGGUUAAUCGAUACUUGUGAUAAAUUUAAUAUCAUUUAUUAAUCAUAGAAAUUCGAAAAGUGCUAUCAAAAAUUGGAAAAGAAAAUGACUGUGAGGAGGUCCAACCCUGGAUCCGCCCCUGUGAGAACCAUCUAUCCUGGAGUGCUAUCUCAACUUCAUCUGGUGAUGGAAGAGUCAUAUUGGCUAAAUUUGUGUCCUUUCUUGGCCAUAUUGUUGACAAACACAAAAACCUUGAUGACCCUAUUUUUGACAGCUGUGCACAUGGUGACAUUGAACACAGGGAGUGGCUUAAUGACAGUAAGUAAUUGUUCUGAUAAUAUUGAUGAUAUCUGACACUGUGCAAACUAUUUAGGUGCACAUUUUGGUUGCGCCACAUUGCCUGUUCGCAUUCUGUCAUGAAACAGGUUUUGUAGACACAGACUGGUCACCACAGAGUGUUGACAUUAUAAAAACAAAAAUAUUUGUGUAUAUUUUAGAAUCUGUUGUGUAUGAGAACGUUUGCAAGGCAUUGGGAAACAAGAGGUUAAAGAAAGGAAUCCAGAAAGCAUCUCCCUUAUCCCAAACAAGCUGUGUUGAGGGGUUUCACUCAGUGUUGAACCAGUUUGCACCAAAGAUUAUUGCUUAUUCCUAUCCUGGCAUGUAUAUUACGUAAUUGUGCAUAUAUAUCAUAUUCACACAUAAAAAGUUAUUGCAGUGGUGCCAGGGGGGGUGGUCAAUUUGCCCCAGGCCCCCGAAUAGUGAGAAAACCAAAUAUUUAGAAGGUAGUUAGUAUAGUAUUAGGGGCCCACAGAAAAUAUUUUGUCCAUGGCCUGUGAAUUAUCCCGGCUGCCCUGUGCUAAUUGCCACUAAUAAACCUUACAAUGUAUAAUGAUGUCACAAGGAUUGAUGCCCACAUGGAAUGGGUCAUUCCAGAAAAUAUCCAUACCACCCCCACAGAGGAAAUUGGAAGUUAACCCCCCUACCCCCUUCGGAUGUCCUAAUACAUUUACUAUUAUCAGAAACAAUUUCGUCUCCCCUCCCCCUCCGGACGGCAGAAAUUUCCUCUGUGGGGGGAGUGUGGAUCUUUUCUGGAACGACCCAAUGCUGGUCUUAGUUUUCAUCACCCAAGAAAAAUUAAACAAUCAAAAUGACCAAUAGCAAAAUUUUCCCGGGCGAUGAUUACUAAGACCCGCAUUCCUUGCGGGAAUCGAGCUUUAUGACGUCAUUAUGCAUAUGGUCUAUUGUCUGUGAGGUGUGGAUAUACCUAUAUCCUAGUAUAAAUAUGGCAAUGGCUACACUAAAUCUUUAGUUUACAUUUUAAAGCUCAUAUUUAAAUAUUUAAUAUAUAUUCACACUUUCUUAAUAUUAGGCACAUUAUUGCAGCAGUUCACUUUAACCAUAACCUGAACAGGAAAGUGGUAACAAAUUCAGAUGGUUCAGAGCAGCUUGUAGUGGUCUACCCCAAAUUCAAGAAGGGUGAAGCUACCGUCCGGGAUGUAAAAGUUGCUGCAAACUUUUGUAAGUAUGUGGUUCUGGAGGUCAUAUUUUUAAUUGAUGAAGGGAGAGCAUUUAUACUCAAAUUGCAAAAGUUUUUGACAGCUGGUAGAUUUUUUUAUGUACAGUAAUCCAGAUAUAGGCUGUGGGCUGUUGGCCAAAAUUAUUUCGCUUUGUGGCACCCAUGUGGGAAAUACUUGGUUUGGGGUUUAUUUGAAAGGCAUAUAGGUACAUCACUACCAAAAAAAAGUUCCCAAGCAAAAAGUUGCCCAAUACAGAGAAAACGGGUGAUCAAUGAUUAUCCUCCAUUAAAUUGUAUUACAGCAAAAUAUGGGAAAUUUUAUAAUUCAAUUCUUCAAAUAGUCUUUAAGUUAUUGCUAUUUUAAAUGUAAAAAUUGGACCAAAAUGUUGCAACAAGGACUGGGUACUAGGUCAAAAACGUGUUUUUGACAGCGUAUAACUCGAAAACAAUUUUAGAUAUAAAAAAACUGUUUAAAUGUCUUAUAUGUAGGUUUUUGUAAGCUUUCUGAUGAUGCAAGUCAUUUUUGUUGUAAUUGAAUACAAAAUUUCACAUUUUCUUGCUGUAAUACAAUUUAAUAGAGGAUAAUCACUGAUCACCCAUUUUCUCGGUGUUGGGCAAGUUUUUAGCUUGGGAACUUUUUGUGGUAAUUAAGCAUCUAUGGUUCUAUGAAGUGAAGCACAGAAAAUCUAUUUCCCAAGGGGGUGCCACGCGAAAUUGCUUUUCUAGGCACUUUUUCGCACAACAGCCCACAGCCUAAUAAUUUUUAUGAGCAAAUAGCAGUAAAUAUUUUUAAAUCAACAGUUUCGGUAUAUAUAAUAAAUUACAUUCUCUGAUCAGGCUAUGUUGAAGAGAUGUAUCAAACCUUCCUGGAUGCUGAAAGGAAAGGCGACCUUGAGGAAGAGAAGGACAAAUUGAAGAAGAUGACUCCCGAGCCAAUGCACGAGAUGAGGCCAAUUUUCAUUGUGUCAUCAAUGUGGGUUUUGUUACUGGCCACAUCCGAGUUAUUAUAA